CACUGCCUAUGCGCCGGAAGUAUUCCUGCGCCGAUCCGUGGUGCGGACCGGAAACAUUAUAGGGGCCGGCGCCCCAGAAGUCAGACGGAAGUGGUUUGGGACUGGUCAUGAAGUAGUUGUUUGCCGGCCCCAGUGACCAUGGCGGUGUUUCACGACGAAGUGGAGAUCGAGGACUUCCAAUAUGAUGAGGACUCGGAGACGUAUUUCUAUCCCUGCCCUUGUGGGGAUAACUUCUCCAUCACCAAGGAAGAUCUGGAGAAUGGGGAAGACGUGGCAACGUGCCCUAGCUGCUCUCUCAUUAUAAAAGUGAUUUAUGACAAAGAUCAGUUUAUGUGUGGAGAAACAGUCCCAGCCCCAUCAACCAACAAAGAAUUGGUUAAAUGCUAAUGAAGCCUUCAGGAAAGCAAACCCUGAGAGCUGGGCCAGAGCCACGAUGGAAACAUCAGACGCACAAAACACAAGCGCUCCUGGACAGGGAUUCUUUCCUAGUGCUGACUUCGCCGUCAAAUAAAGAGCCAGUCCGCAGCAUGACAUAGCUGGAUUUCGUGUGAGAACCCUGAAUUGGAAGUAUUCUUAAUUGUCCAUCUGGAUUUCAGGGAAGAUAAUUUCAAAUCAGUGCUUUCUUUCCCUCAGUUUCAUCAUUUUUAUAUGUGAAGCCUGAUAACUGUCAGCUACCUCAUUCAUUAGCAUUCCCUGAAAAAAGGGGACUGUAUUUUUAAUGUGGCUAUUAAGAGAAUUAAAAUUAGCCCUUCCUUUGAAAUUUGACAUCAAUCUGCUGUUCUAAAUUUAAGAAAAUUCAUUUUUCCUGUCAGCAUGCUGGAUCACACGUCCAGCCCAUCUCCUCUGUUACCAUUGUUACUGCGUUCACACUCUGAUCAGCCUGCUUUUUUGUUGCACUUUAUGCACAGAGUUUGUUCAUAAUUUCUCUAGAGCUAAAAGAGAAUUCCAAAGUGAAAUCGUCAGACGAUUUGGAGUUUCCUUACAUUCUACAUGUUCCUUGAAAAGACAACAAAAACAAAAGCCCCUAAAGGAAGGGACAUUGGUAAUAGAAUGAGGAAAGCAGAACAUGCCAACCUAGUAGUGAAAUGCUAAAACGAUUUUUGCCAGAUCAGAGCAGAUACUCUUAGAUCUGGGUUUUUGUGUGAAUUUUAGAUAGGGCUGAUGUGAUUGUGUUUUGGGUGUGGGUGGGGUUGAUGUCUUCAUGGCUGGCUGCAGUCAUUUCAGUGUAUCACAGUGUCAGCUCACUGCUACUGGAAGGGAAAGCCUACGACAGAGCCUGAGUUUGGAAAUGGAAGGCCUGGUGCAAACAGAUAAGCUCGCACAGGCACCUCAGGUUAGCCUGUGUGACACGCAAGCAGACCAGACAUGCGCUUCAGCAGGGAACUAUUGCUGGGAGAAAAGAACUGUGUAAAGAUAAGCUGUCAGUCUGUGCUGAGAGUAGCAAGAAAUUAGGAUCACCUAGAAAUUAGAAAAUUCCCUUGAUAUAAAUAUAUUCCAGCUUUAUAAAUACAAUAUUAAAAAUUCCUGGCAGGUGGUUUUGGAAGUGACUUGUGCAGUUACAAAAACAGCUUGCUAGAAUGUGUGUGUUUUACUGGUUGGUACAUGUGCUGCACAUACUAAUUGGAGUGGCCAGUUUUUCCCUGGCAACAGGGUGGCUGUGUACAACCUUUAGGCCAAGACUUAACUAAAGCACCAGAAAUGGAUGCUGUGAGUGCCUGGUACGUUAGACGGCAUAUUCUUGGUGUGGUGAGAGACUGCAUUGCCGUUUAGGACACAGACACCCUGGAAGUCGUCUACACUGCUUUGCAAAGAAAACAGUGACUGCUCAGAUGACCAGCAGAAGAUACGUGCCAUCUCUGGUGGGAACGAGCUGCAGAGAGAAAGGAACUAUGCCAUGCUCCUGUUGAUGGUUGUGUAGUCGCUGUUAACCUGAUAACUGUUGAUGAAUUGCACAGAACAGAUACCUCUGAUGUAGCUCUUUGGAGCGUAAAAGAACAGAAAGAAAAGGUGCCCAAGUCCAAACACCCCAGUUGGAGAGAAACGAACAGCACUGGCAGCCUGUGGUCAGGGACCCACUGCAGUAACUGGGAUGAUCUCGUUUCUGAAGCAGCGGAAACAUCCAUUUUGUGGAUGACCAAAGACCCCAUGGGAAUUAAUCCUGUGUGUAGCAGAAAGUUACACUCAGUGUGGCUCGAGGCCCGUGUGGUGUGUGUGCCUUGUUUAGCCCAACAGACAUUUCUGGAGCACCUCAGAACUGGUUAGUGAUCGCGGCUCCACCUCUUAGCUGCUUCGUAGUCUGGCAAGGCUGGUGGAUUCGCAUCUGUACAAUUAGGGGCCUGGAUCGGGUCCUUUCUCAGCAGCCAGUCUCAGGCUUGCUAGUUUGCAGAAACUGAAAUGGCAAUGGAGACCUUUUAUAAAGAAACGAAAUCAUGAAUUAUGGAGGGCACUCCACUCUGGUAGCUUGGUAUUACCACACUUUUCAGUGUAAAUUUAUAAGAUCAAUGACUUAAAGGAUUUUAUAUACACUUUUGUAUAUACAUUGAGAAGCAUUUUUCUUGGAAAGCACCCAACCCUGGUCCUAACUGUACUGAUAUUUAUUACUAGGAUAAAUUCUAUUGGCCUGUAAAAUAAAGUCAUAUAGCUCA